AUGAUAAAACAUAUUGGCCAUCAUACCAAUCUCUACUCCGCCCAAGAGUUGGGGGAUCCCAUCAAGACCAGCCCUGAAGAGAUACAAGAUUUCCUGGCAAUCUUACUCUUCAUGGGUGUUUUUACCUUCCCAUCACUGGAGGACUACUGGCACUAUGAGUCACGUUUCGACGUGAUAGCUGAUAUCAUGCCAAAGAAGAGAUUCCAGCUUUUACGCAGGUACAUUCAUUUCAAUGACAAUCAUCAGUGGAAUCAGAGUCCAGACCGAUUCUACAAAAUCCGUCCCCUCUUUGAUAUGCUUCGAGAGCAAUGCCUUCUGAUUCCAUCCACUUACAAACACAGUGUGGAUGAAGUCAUGGUCGCAUAUAAAGGCACAAGGGCUGGCAGUCUUCGCCAAUAUAUUGCAAACAAGCCAGAUAAAUGGGGCUUCAAGAUGUUCUGCCGAGCCAGUUCAUCUGGCAUCAUCCACGACCUGCUGAUGUACCAAGGGGCAUCCACAUUUUUCAAUGUUGUCCUCAGUGAGCAGGAGCAGACGCUACUUUUGGGAGCAAAAGUAGUGACAACGCUGUGCAAGACCAUAGCACAGCCACGCCUUUCUGUCGUCUUCUGUGACAACUACUUCACCAGUUUUAACUUGGUCAGAGACCUGCACACAUUGCUGGGUGUCAAGUGCAUUGGCACCGUCCGACCAAACCGUAUUGGUGGAGCUCCCUUGAUGACAGACAAAGAGCUGAUGAAGAGAGGGCGUGGAGCAUGUGAUUACAUGUCUGCUGACGGAGUGGUUGCAGUCAAAUGGUUUGACAACAAAUGUGUCAAUCUUCUGAGCAACGCCUGUGGGAUCAUGCCUUUUUCAACGGUGAAACGGUGGAGCAAAGAGUCUAAGGCAAAGAUUGCUGUCCCAUGCCCGUCACUCAUCCCUGCCUACAAUGAGCAUAUGGGAGGGAUUGAUCUGUCCGACAUGCUUGUGCACCUGUACAAGACCCCAGCCAAGUCAAGGAGAUGGUACUUUCCCCUCUUCGGAUACAUCCUUGACUUGUGCAUCGCCAAUUCCUGGCUGGUCUACAAAAGGGACUGUGGCCUACUGAACGAGAAACCCUUGUGUCUAAAAAGGUUUCGCCUGGCAGUCGCCCACAGUCUGAUCAAAGUCAACAAGUAUGCAACCAAAGUUGGCCGACCAUCAUUCAGCUCUCCCCCACCAGAGAAUCAAAAAUACACCCCACGACCCUCACGACCAAAACCCCAACCAGAUGUGCGCUAUGACAACAUGGGACAUUGGCCACUUCACAGUGACAAGCGGGGGCGAUGCAACCUCUGUCCGAAGGGUGUGUCAAGAUGGAAAUGUCAGAAAUGCAAUGUUUUCCUGUGUUUGUCUGCAAACCAGGAAUGCUUUGCAGCAUACCACCAGAAGUAA